AUCUAACCCCACGCGGCGCCAACAAACGAUAAACGCGAAGUUGAUAACGGAGAAGGCUAAUCUCAUCUCAUCUUUUUUCCCCCUUUUCUCGAAAACCCUAAUUCCUCAAAAAAUCACAGACCUCUUCUCCUCCUCUUCCUCCUCUCAAUUCUCUCAGGUUUAUUGUCUGAAAUGGCAUCGGUGUCUACUCAGCCACAGUUCCGAUACACUCAGCCACCGUCGAAGGUGCUUCAUUUGAGAAACUUGCCAUGGGAAUGCACAGAGGAGGAACUUAUUGAACUUGGAAAGCCGUUUGGUAAAGUUGUCAACACCAAAUGCAAUGUUGGAGCUAAUCGAAAUCAAGCUUUUAUCGAAUUUGCAGAUUUGAAUCAAGCUAUUGCGAUGAUAUCCUACUAUGCCUCAUCAUCGGAGCCUGCGCAAGUACGAGGGAAAACUGUGUAUCUGCAAUAUUCAAAUAGGCAAGAAAUCGUGAAUAACAAAACUGCUGCUGAUGUUCCUGGGAAUGUACUCUUAGUAACGAUUGAGGGUACAGAUGCACGCCUUGUUAGCAUUGAUGUUUUGCACUUGGUCUUUUCGGCCUUUGGAUUUGUGCAUAAGAUUACAACAUUUGAGAAGACAGCAGGAUUCCAGGCACUGGUGCAAUUCUCUGAUGCAGAGACUGCCACAGCUGCAAAGGAUGCUUUGGAUGGAAGAAACAUACCCAGCUAUCUGCUCCCUGAGCAUGUAGGACCAUGUACACUCAGGAUCACAUAUUCUGGACAUUCAGAUUUAACUGUUAAGUUUCAAAGCCACAGAAGCAGAGACUAUACAAAUCCUUAUCUUCCUGUUGCUCAAUCAGCCAUGGAUGGAAACGGACAGGUCAUGGUUGGUUUGGAUGGUAAAAAACUGGAGACUGAGAGUAAUGUUCUCCUUGCAUCUAUUGAGAACAUGCAAUAUGCUGUAACAUUGGAUGUCUUACAUAUGGUAUUCUCUGCUUUUGGACCUAUCCAAAAGAUUGCAAUGUUUGAUAAGAAUGGUGGUUUACAGGCUCUGAUUCAAUAUCCAGAUACUCAGACAGCUAUUGUGGCUAAGGAAGCCUUGGAAGGACACUGCAUUUACGAUGGAGGCUUUUGCAAGCUUCACAUCUCAUAUUCACGUCACACAGAUCUUAGUAUAAAGGUCAAUAAUGAUAGAAGUAGAGACUACACCAUUCCCACUACACCUGUUGUGAACACACAGCCCUCAAUUUUAGGGCAACAACCUGGUCCUUUGGUGGGUCCUGCUCAGCAAUACAAUGGGUCUCAGUAUACUCCAAUUUCUUCACAGUCCCUGACACCUCAAUCCCAGGCUGGGUGGGGAGCACCAGCACAGUCUAUGCCAAUGCAGAUGCACAAUAAUAUGUAUGUUCCACCUGGAACUAUGCCUCCACAAAUGGCCCCUGCAAUGCAAUUUCCAAGUCACAGCUCCCGACAACCUACGGGCUCAUUGCCACCAUAUGGAUCCGGUCGCCCUCAAUAGCAUGCAUCUCGGAUGUCUCAUGUAUCCAUUUCCAUAAGCGGCAGCUGGUUUCUGCAGAAGUGAGGAUUACCAUUUUAUAUUCGGGUUCACAUCUGACCUCCCUUUAAUGGUGCUAUUCUGAACCUCAAAAGGACCUCCAUUUUAUUACUUUUCAUGUUUUGGAUGUGAAAGUCUGCAUGCAAUUGGUAAAAACACUUAGUUGGCUGUUGGCUCAACUACGAAACGAAAUGUUCUGUUGUUUCUGUUUUGGUCUCUAUGGAUUAGGUGUUUAUAUAAUGAACUUGUGUUUUGGAAUUGUAUUUGGGAAAUGAUUCUAAUACUAAUUAAUCUCUUGUGGAUGGUGCGCUAGUCUCACACUUUCA